ACCCUGCUGGGGUUGACUGAGUAGACGAUGCGGUCAUGUAUGCAGUUAAUGUGUAUUGUUUGCGGUACUGACAGAUUUAAUUGACAUAAUAUCCCCAUGGGAUGAGGUUUUCGGCGUAGGCAGCCCUUCUUGACCAAAUCUUCCGUACUCGUCGGCUUGGGACCGGUUUCCGAGUUUCAUGCAAACCACACACAAAGUCAGAUUUGCAUACAGAUAGGAUCCCGCUCCACCUCAGCGCAGUGCCGAGUCUUCCACACUUCCAUUCAUGUGCGUGUCAGUCUGCAGCGCAACCUACCGCACGUUGCUUCUGCUAUUUUUAUUAUUGUUGCAAUUGGUAAACAGUGCAGCGAUGCCGAUACCCAAAGCCGCUUUUCAUUGGCCAAAUAGGACGUCCGUCUGUGCACUUCCGCCCGUUUGUUCGAUUUUGAUUGGGCCGAGAGCUCCUUUUUUCCUCUCCUUCACGGCGGUGGGUCGGAGCCGCCGUAACCCUGGUGUGGCACGUUCCUUGCUAUCUGAACCUUGUAAAAUUGGGCCUGUUCCCCCCCUCCCCCUCGCCCCCCGAACUCAAGUCACCCCUUCACUUUAUCACAGCUACCUAGACGUUAUUGCGUCAAACACAACUCCAAAUACCCAGCAGAUACCUCAGAAGAUGGCGGUGGUUAGCGGGAUGUCGGGGUCGGCAGUAGCCCGGCUGGAGGGCCGAGAAUUCGAGUAUUUGAUGAAGAAAAGGUCGGUGACCAUUGGUCGGAACUCCUCGCAGGGCUCCGUGGAUGUCAGCAUGGGACAUUCCAGCUUCAUUUCUAGGCGGCACCUUGAGAUUUUCACGGCGAGCGAAGAUGGUACGGGCAUGGGGGAAUUCUACCUCCGAUGCCUUGGCAAAAACGGGGUGUUUGUGGAUGGGGUGUUCCAGAGAAGAGGGGCUCCACCUCUGCAGCUUCCACGAAUAUGUUGCUUCCGAUUCCCUAGCACAAGUAUAAAAAUCACAUUCACUGCACUUUUAAGUGACAAAAAGGAGCAGAGGAACGUGCCCGAAUCACCGGUCAAGUCCGUACAACCUCAAAUUUCCCCACUUACCAUCAACAUUCCAGACAAUAUUGCCCACCUUAUGAGCCCACUGCCUUCACCUACUGGCACAUUAAGUGCUGCAAACUCCUGCCCAUCAAGUCCAAGGGGGGCGGGACUGUCCAGCUAUAGGAGCGGCCGAGUUCUGGCCUCUGACCUUAUAGCAGAUAACUCCCAGUCAGAAAAUGACAAGGAGGCAUCAGGUGAAGACAGCCCAAAGGGGGACUCCAAACCACCAUAUUCAUAUGCACAACUGAUAGUCCAAGCCAUUACCAUGGCCCCAGAUAAACAACUGACACUGAAUGGAAUAUACACUCACAUCACAAAGAAUUAUCCCUACUACAGAACAGCUGAUAAAGGCUGGCAGAAUUCCAUUCGCCACAACCUAUCCCUGAACCGGUACUUCAUCAAAGUAGCACGCUCGCAGGAGGAACCCGGGAAAGGAUCGUUCUGGAGGAUCGACCCCGCUUCUGAAGGAAAACUCAUAGAACAAGCCUUCAGGAAACGUAGGCCCAGGGGAGUGCCUUGCUUCAGGACCCCUGUAGGACCCCUCUCUUCUCGGAGCGCUCCUGCUUCUCCCAAUCACACAGGGGCGCUGUCGGCUCACUCCAGUGGCGUGCAGACCCCAGAUAGCCUUUCUAGAGAGGGGUCCCCAGUGCCCAUGGAGUCGGAGCCAACCCCGGCACCAGCACCUACCCCAACUGCCACCGUCCAGCCCAAACUUGCUGUCAUCCAAGAGGCCCGCUUUGGACAGAAUUCCACUGGUUCUUCACUUUCGAACCAGCCCGUAUUGAUUGCCGUGCAACGCCAGAUGCCUCAGACGACCAUGAAGCCUGUGACCUACGCCGUAGCGACGCCAGCCAUCGUGACGACGACCGUCAGCUCGGCGCCCGUCAUGCAGACGGUGCACGUUGUCCAUCAGAUCCCGACCGUCACCAUGACAACAGUCAGCGCUCAGCCCACUGCUACACUGAUGCCAGACUCUCAGGAGAAUGGAGGGGGAGAGCACCAAGGGAUUAAAGUGAAAGUGGAGCCGCUCCCGUCGAUCUCCGCCUCGUCAAUAGGUGGAGUCGGUCGCAUCAUCCAGAGCUCUCAGGCCGCUCCCCUGACUACAGUAACCAUAAUGCAACCGGCUCCGCUCGGCCAGCACCAGCUUCCCAUAAAGGCCAUCACACAGAAUGGCACUCACUUGGUCCCCAUUAGUUCUGCAGGCACAGCUGUUGCAAGCCCUCUCCACCUUCUGGCCACACACGCCUCAGCGUCCGCGUCCUUGCCCACCAAGAGGCAGAAUGGUGAGCUUCAGGAAGCGCCCGCAUCCAAGAGGGCAAAAAUGCAGGAUGGCAACGAGGGAGAGGCAAUGGCCGCGAACGGCAAUAACAACAAUGGCUCUGCGGCUGCUGAUGGUGCCGGAGAAGCAGAGGUUAGUGAAGCAGUGGACAACCAGUAGCCACCACCCACCCAGACCCCCUCCAUAUGCAUCCUGAGCCCUGCCGUCGCCCAUAUUGAGCCUCACGCCGUCCACACUGACCUCUUCAUUUUUACUGGUUAUUAUCUACGGCAAAGUGCCAAAAAGAGAAGAGAUUACUACAGCAAAAGAGAAUGUUCCAAUCUCGUCCUUCCCUCUCCACGUGGAAUUAAAAAUCCAAGCAUUGUCGGCUUUUGAGCAGGGAAACCCCUCUUGAAGCACAGGAAAUUAGAAUCCCAAAUUCCAGCUGACUUAUUGGGACGGAAAUGCGCCAACAGCCUCACCCCGGUUACAUUCUCAGCACUCGGUGUGUGGCGCGAUCAAACAUGCCACCUAGUGAAAAUCCCCCACUAAGGGAAGCGCGUGGACGGGUGGACAUUCCCAUCUUCGGCAGCUAGCCUCCCUGACCCAGUUGUGAGUAGAUCUAUAUGCAGUAUUCUAUUGUGCAAAUGUGUCCUUGGAUCUCUUCAUUUCUCCAAGGACCAGUGAUGAAUUCAUAAAUCGUAUUCAGAAAAAUAUAAAGUGGGGUCUUGAUGAACAUUUAAAAUAUCACCUGAUAUUUUGGUUAGCUUUUGUUUUGUAUGUGAACUUUGUUCUGUGAAAUGAAUGUAGUCUUUUUUUUCUUUUUUCUUUGGAAAACACUAUCUAAUAGAUUGGAUUCUCUAUUGCUCAUUCAUGCAAAUAUUUAGUUUUUCCACCACUGUACAUGGAGACUUUUUUUCACAUUUUACAAAUGUCCAACAAGAUGAUUUAAAAAAAAAAAAAGUAUAUUGCCAUGCGUAUUUGACCAUAUGCUUCAUUGAGCUUGCAUGUUAACACAUCUGGAGAUAUAAUGUACUGGUUAUCUGAAUAUGGAACUGAAGAACGUUUAGACUGAAUCUAUGCUUUUGAGUCUGCCCAGUGCUGCACUUACCCCUCUAAGUUUUUUUUUCUUUUUCUAUUUUUAUCAUUUGAGCUUAUUUUCCCCCCCUUUUUUUACCUUUUUGUGUUGGUUGUUGCAGUGUACUCAAUGCUGUUCUGUUAACUAAACGUGUCGAAUCAUAUUGUAUUCUGUUACAAAAGGAAAGGCAAGUGAUAUUUGUUCUGCUUCAGUGGGUGUGUGUGUGUGUGUGUGUGUGUGUGUGUGUGUGUGUGUGUAUAUAUAUAUAUAUAUAUAUAUAUACACACACACACAUACAUGAAUUUAUUUAAAACACUGCCUUUUAGUUUGUAUUUAGUAAAAAAAUCUAUGCUUGGCUAAUCUGCAUUCACAAAAUCUGAUAAUUAUUUUCUUGUCGAUGAAAUGAAUUUUCAACUCUGUCAACCUGUGUGUUAUUUACGGUCAAAAAUAGGGAUGGUAGGCGCAUCCAAUGGCAGGCAGUUAAUGGGGCUUUGUCGACUCUCUACCUCCCCCUAUGAUUCGUAAAUAUAAUAAUAAUAAUUUUUGAGCCACUGUGUAAAUGCAUCCAAUCUUCAGCACAGUCUGGUCGUCAGUCAGGAUAAAAAAUAUAUAUAUAAUAUGAAAAGUUUCCAGAACCCCACAGCUCAGGGGGCCAGUACCAGCCUCAAUCAUCUAUAAAUGGAAGCGAUUCAGAUCCACCAGAACCCUUCCUGGAGCUUGCUUAUUAAAAUGCUUUAAUACAUUUGCAACAUUGAAAAACAAAAUUAUGAUGGGAUGUGUGUAGACUUUGGAGAAAAAAUGAUUUAUAUGGCACAAUCCAGUAGAACAUAAAGCACUGUGAAUGUUUCCCAGGUUAUUAAAGGGCUUUUUGGGGGGUAAUUAUAUGUUAUUCAAUUUAAGUCAUUGUUUCUAAGCGGGGCGGAACAGUCGGUUAAGCUGGUAAAACGUUGGCCUCACAGUUCUGAGGACCAGGGUUCGAUCCCGAACCUGCCUGUGUGGAGUUUGCAUGUUCUCCCCGUGCCUGCGUGGGUUUCCUCCGGGGCACUCCAGUAUCCUCCCACAUCCCACAAACAUGCAGCAUUAAUUGGACACUCUAAAUUGCCCCUAGAUGUGAUUGUGAGUUUGGCUUUUUGUCUCCAUGUGACAUGCGAUUGGCUGGCAACCAGUUCAGGGUGUACCAUAACUACAGUAUAUAUUAUAUAGUGCAUACUGUGCUUGCUGUCACAACUCAUUGGUUGGUAUCUUUUAGGUAAGACUGAAAUUGUUGAAUGUUAGUUAUGUGCUUACACACAGAGAAACUCAGAAGAGAUAAAACCAUCAAACUUGUAUGUGUAAAAGCUGCGGUUAUAUUUAACAAAUGUAAAUGCAGAUUUAGUUUUACAAUCAAACUCAAUGCCAUAUAUGUACUUAGCAGUUGGCUUGUCACUUUUGUGCAGCGUCCCUUCAAUGUUCAGUGAUGGUGAAACUAUACAAUCUGGUGAACAAGUGAAAUGUUGCAGUGUAAGUGCUCUUACAACCUGAUAGAAAUGUAGAUGAUACAAAAACAAAAAAUUGUUUAAGUACAGCUUUCUGCUGAUGAGACCGGUUUAAGUAAUUCACACUGGUGUCACAAAGACAACUCCUUGAUUUGCAUUAGCGGAGAGCAGAAAGAAGCAGGUUUUAAGUACAAUAUACUGAUAUUACACGUGCCCUGUGACAGUUGAAGGGCAAGUCUACAUGGAACAACAUAAUUGGCUUCAUUUCCAGACAAGCUCAACUCAAUAUUGUGAAAGAGUGAAAGAAAUCAAAAUUUCAGAUCACCAUGACCACUCCAAUCAUGAACAUGCGCUGUUACAUGUUGAAAAGAAAAAGUAGGGUUCUGUUUUUUCCCCCUUCCCCAUUUAAAUGUUAUCUAAGUUACUUGGCUCUUUGUGGUAGUAUCUUUUUUUUUUUUUUUUGCAUUGUGACUA